AAACCAGCCUCGUAGUCAGACUUCACCCGCACGAAUCCCCAACGGACAAACAACACGCGCGCGCGCAUAUUAAAUCCUGUCUCUUUUUCUCUCCCUUCAUCUCAACUUCCCCACGCAAGAAAAGGCGACUCAGGUAGACUCCUCUCCACGCCCUAAAGCCCUAAAACCCUAAACUCUUUCUCACUUUUCAGAGAAAGCUCCACAAAAAGAAGAAUCGGCGAGCGUAAUCUUGACUGUGGUAAUGGGGGAUCCGUUGGAGAGGCUGGGAUCGGAGGCGAUGGGGCUCAUGGAUGGGGCCAGCACCGUGAAGGAUGAACUGUGCAUGGAGAUCGACCCUCCUUUUCGUGAGAACGUGGCCACCGCCGAGGACUGGAGGAAGGCACUUAACAAGGUGGUCCCUGCCGUGGUUGUUCUCCGCACCACUGCCUGCCGCGCCUUUGACACUGAGUCCGCCGGUGCCAGCUACGCCACCGGUUUCGUCGUCGACAAGCGCCGUGGGAUCAUCCUUACCAACCGGCAUGUUGUCAAGCCCGGACCUGUAGUUGCAGAGGCCAUGUUUGUGAACCGUGAAGAAAUCCCGGUGCAUCCUAUAUACAGAGAUCCCGUGCAUGAUUUUGGCUUCUUUCGUUAUGAUCCUGGUGCAAUUCAGUUUCUGAAUUAUGAGGAGAUUCCUCUUUCCCCUGAGGCUGCCUGUGUUGGACUGGAGAUCAGAGUUGUUGGUAAUGACAGUGGUGAAAAGGUUUCCAUUUUGGCUGGCACUCUUGCUCGAUUAGAUAGAGAUGCUCCUCAUUAUAAAAAGGAUGGCUACAAUGACUUCAAUACAUUCUACAUGCAAGCUGCAUCUGGGACUAAAGGUGGUUCUAGUGGUUCCCCUGUUAUUGAUUGGCAGGGCAGGGCAGUGGCUUUGAAUGCUGGGAGCAAGUCAUCUAGUGCAUCAGCAUUUUUUUUGCCUUUAGAACGAGUUGUUAGGGCAUUGGAGUUUCUUCAGAGGAGCAAUGAUUCUUAUGUAAAUAAAUGGGAGGCAGUUUCUAUACCUCGCGGUACGCUUCAGGCAACUUUUCUCCAUAAAGGAUUUGACGAGACACGCCGCCUUGGUCUACAGAGUGAAACAGAGCAGAUAGUACGUCAUGCAUCUCCACUAGGGGAAACUGGAAUGCUUGUUGUUGACUCUGUGGUGCCUGGUGGCCCUGCUCAUAAGCAUUUGGAGCCAGGAGACGUGCUUGUUCGUGUGAAUGGGGAAGUAAUUACUCAAUUCCUGAAGUUGGAGACUUUACUUGAUGACAGUGUCAACCAGAACAUUGAAUUGCAAACUGAGAGGGGUGGCACAUCAUUGACUGUCAACUUGGUGGUGCAGGAUUUACAUUUAAUAACUCCUGAUCACUUCUUAGAAGUAAGUGGAGCUGUGAUUCAUCCUCUUUCUUAUCAACAGGCCAGAAAUUUCCGUUUCCAUUGUGGUCUUGUAUAUGUUACGGAACCAGGAUAUAUGCUCUUUCGAGCAGGAGUUCCUCGUCAUGCCAUCAUUAAGAAAUUUGCUGGUGAAGAAAUAUCAUGUCUUGAGGAACUAAUUGCAGUUCUAUUCAAGCUGUCCAGGGGUGUUCGGGUGCCAUUGGAAUAUAUAAGUUACACGGAUCGUCACCGCAGGAAGUCUGUACUUGUCACAGUCGAUCGCCAUGAAUGGUAUGCCCCUCCACAGAUAUACACCCGUGAUGAUAGUACUGGUCUGUGGACUGCAAAGCCUGCUUUUCAACCUGACUCUCAUCUUCUAUCCGCUGGUCUCAAUGAUGUCGGGGGUCUGGGAGUCCAGGCCUUUUCAGUGAGUGGUGGGGCUAAUUGCAUGGACCAUUUACAUCAGAGUAACAACCAGGAGUUGACUGAUAGUGUUACUAGUAUGGAAACAAAUUGUGAAGAUGCUUCUGACGAUGCACGACCUCAGGAUGACUCUGCUGGGACUAAGAAACGACGAGUUAAAGAGGAUUUGUCUGCUGAUGGAAAUGUUGAUUCCGAUUAUUCCUUGCAUGAAACAAGAGAAGUUAAGUUGGAGGAUCCUAAUACCGUGCAAAAUGCUAUUUUAAGAGAUUUUCAAGGUGCAACAGCAACAGCAGCCAAUGCUUCAUUUUCUGAACGAGUGAUAGAGCCGACUCUUGUAAUGUUUGAGGUCCAUGUGCCACCAUCGUGUAUGCUUGAUGGUGUCCAUUCACAACAUUUUUUUGGUACUGGUGUCAUCAUAUAUCAUUCUCAAAGCAUGGGACUUGUGGUGGUUGACAAGAACACAGUUGCAAUAUCUGCUUCUGACGUGAUGCUGUCCUUUGCUGCUUUUCCAAUUGAAAUUCCUGGGGAGGUGGUUUUUCUCCAUCCCGUUCACAAUUAUGCUCUUGUUGCAUAUGACCCCUCUGCUUUGGGAGCUAAUGGUGCCUCAGUUCGUGCUGCUGAGUUACUUCCUGAUCCUGCAUUACGUCGUGGUGACUCAGUUUAUCUCGUGGGGUUAAGUAGAAGCCUACAAGCAACAUCCAGAAAAUCCAUUGUGACCAAUCCCUGCGCUGCAUUGAACAUUGGCUCAGCUGAUUGUCCACGAUACAGAGCAACCAAUAUGGAAGUCAUUGAGCUUGAUACUGAUUUUGGUAGUUCAUUUUCGGGGGUGUUAACUGAUGAGCAUGGAAGGGUCCAAGCUAUCUGGGGAAGCUUUUCAACCCAGCUGAAAUUUGGUUGCAAUACGUCUGAGGAUCAUCAAUUUGUCAGGGGUAUUCCAAUAUAUGCAAUCAGCCAAGUCCUUGACAAAAUCAUAUCUGGUGCAAAAGGGACACCACUUCUCAUAAAUGGUGUCAAAAGGCCAAUGCCGCUUGUUAGAAUUUUAGAGGUUGAACUUUAUCCUACAUUGCUAUCAAAGGCUCGGAGUUUUGGACUCAGCGACGAUUGGGUGCAAGCUCUUGUCAAGAAAGAUCCAAUCAGACGGCAGGUUUUACGUGUGAAGGGUUGUUUAGCUGGAUCAAAAGCUGAAAAUUUAUUGGAACAGGGAGAUAUGAUUUUGGCAAUCAACAAAGAGCCCGUUACAUGUUUUCGUGACAUAGAAAAUGCAUGCCAAGCAUUAGACAAAUAUGAUAACAAUGAUCAGAAGCUUAACAUGACCGUUCUCCGGCAGGGACGUGAAAUUGAGAUUCUUGUGGGGACAGAUGUUAGGGAUGGGAAUGGCACAACUCGUGUGAUAAAUUGGUGUGGGUGCAUUGUUCAGGAUCCUCAUCCAGCAGUACGUGCUCUUGGAUUUCUUCCUGAAGAAGGUCAUGGUGUGUAUGUGGCAAGGUGGUGCCAUGGCAGUCCCGUGCAUAGGUAUGGUCUAUAUGCACUUCAGUGGAUACUUGAAGUUAAUGGAAAACCGACUCCUGAUUUAGACGCUUUUGUUAAUGUGACAAAGGAAAUAGAACAUGGGGAGUUUGUCCGCGUGAGGACAGUCCACCUGAAUGGGAAGCCUCGAGUGCUAACGUUGAAGCAGGAUUUGCACUACUGGCCUACAUGGGAGGUGAGAUUUGAUCCUGACACAUCAAUAUGGAGCCGAAAGACGAUCAAGGCUUUGGGCUGCGCUAAUGUAUGAAAGAAGCAUGCAGAAUCGGACUAGACUCCUGACACUUUCUCAUUGGGGAAAUAGUACCUUAAAAGCAUAAAAGAAUUAUCCUUACCUGGAAUUGUUAGUUCGGACACGAAUUGGAGCUUUAGGCUUCGGUUCGGACAAAGUUAUCAUGGGAAAUGUCCGGAUUUCUUGGGUUUCGACAGGCAUUUUGUUAAGAGGAUUGAGAAGUGGGGAUUGAGAGACAGCUAAUUUAAAAUAUAUCGAAGCAGUAUAUGUAAGGUUUCUUCUAUUGUAACACUGAAAAUAUUCAUACAAGUGAAUUAUUAGAUGAAAAAGGAAAUAAAUCUUUUUUAUCUCCCUGUAUUUUUUUUUUUUAUUUCCCUGUAUUGGAAACAUGUAUUUUGGCUAUUGUGCAUGUAUGAAUGCUUCUUUUUUUUUUAGCUG